CGAGUUUCAUUUCAUUUUAUCCGUAAUUUUUUCAAGCAAGUCGCGCUUCCGCCAUACUGACUCUGCCUGCUGCUGAGUUGUGACUUGGGCGAAGACAUGCUGAGAACUCUAGUUGUGAAGCGCAGCCUUGGUCACCACUGGCACUCGCAUUCUCAGCACCUCCGACUCCAGCGGCAAUUCUCAUCAUCCCCGGAGCCCAACUCCUCCGUGGAUGCAGAAACCCGCAAGUACGCGGGCUAUGCUGCCCUCCUCCUCUUCUGCGGCGGCGCCACCUACUACACAUUCCCCCUCCCGGACGACGCCAAGCACAAGAAGGCGCAGAUCUUCCGGUACGCUCCGCUGCCGGAGGACCUGCACACGGUCUCCAACUGGAGCGGGACCCACGAGGUGCAGACGCGCAACUUCCUCCAGCCGGAGAACGCGGAGCAGCUGGAGCGAGAGCUGAGGGAGGCGCGGAGUCGUAUCCGGCCGGUGGGGUCCGGGCUUUCGCCGAACGGGAUCGGCCUUUCCAGGACCGGGAUGGUAAACUUGGCUCUCAUGGAUGGGAUCUUGGAAGUCGACAAGCAGCGCAAGACUGUCAGGGUCCAGGCUGGCAUCCGAGUGCAGCAGCUUGUCGAUGGCCUCAAGGACCAUGGCCUUACCUUGCAGAAUUUUGCUUCCAUUAGGGAGCAGCAAAUUGGUGGCAUCAUUCAGGUUGGUGCACAUGGCACUGGUGCAAGAUUGCCUCCCAUUGAUGAACAAGUUAUUGCCAUGAAACUGGUUACCCCUGCCAAAGGGACAAUAGAGAUCUCAAAAGAUAAAGACCCUGAACUGUUUUAUCUUGCUCGAUGUGGUCUUGGGGGACUCGGAGUUGUGGCUGAAGUCACCCUUCAGUGUGUUGAUCGACAGGAGCUUGUGGAGCACACAGUUGUCUCAACCAUGAAUGAGAUAAAGAAAAAUCACAAGAAAUUGCUAUCUGAGAAUAAGCAUGUGAAGUACCUUUAUAUCCCUUAUACCGACUCUGUUGUGGUUGUGCGAUGCAAUCCUGUUUCAAAGUGGAAAGGUCCUCCCAAGUUCAAACCACAAUAUACCAAAGAUGAAGCCAUACAGCAUGUGCGUGACCUUUACCAGGAGUCCCUCAAGAAAUAUGGAGCCGAAGGAUCUAAGGGUAAAUCAGCAGAAGAUGGUGAACAAAAUAUAGAUGAGCUUUCUUUCACAGAAUUAAGAGAUAAGCUAAUUGCCCUAGAUCCUCUCGAUAAAAAGCACAUCAUCAACAUCAAUAAAGCUGAGGCCGAGUUCUGGCGAAAGUCAGAAGGAUAUAGGGUUGGAUGGAGUGAUGAAAUAUUGGGCUUUGAUUGCGGAGGUCAACAGUGGGUAUCAGAGACAUGUUUCCCUGCUGGGAAACUAGCUAAUCCAAGCAUGAAAGACCUUGAAUACAUUGAAGAGCUGAAGCAACUUAUAGAGAAAGAAGAGAUACCUGCACCUGCUCCAAUUGAGCAGCGCUGGACAGCUAGCAGUAGGAGUUCCUUGAGUCCUGCUUCAAGUCCGUCUGAGGAUGAUAUAUUUUCUUGGGUAGGUAUAAUCAUGUACCUUCCUACCAUGGAUGCUCGGCAGAGGAAAGAUAUAACAGAAGAAUUCUUUCAUUAUAGGCAUUUGACUCAGGCAAAAUUAUGGGAUUGUUACUCCGCAUAUGAACACUGGGCUAAGAUUGAGGUUCCAAAGGACAAGAAGGAGCUUGCAGCUCUCCAAGAAAGGCUAAGAAAGCGGUUUCCUGUGGAUGCAUACAAUAAAGCAAGAAAGGAAUUGGACCCCAAUAGGAUCCUUUCGAAUAACAUGUUGGAAAAGCUCUUCCCACAAUCAGACACCAUAUAAAUUCUGUGUUGGUUAUUUGUCUAUAUUGUCCAUAUUUUUUAUGUUUACUGUAUAUUCAACCCUAAGUUGUUGACUUUGGAACUUGGGUUUGCAAAAUAUCUGGUGCACAAUCUGGAUUAUUAUGCAUAAAUGCAUUCUUUCAGCUUAUUGCUUGCAUGGCA